AUUAAUUUUUUUGUACCUUAGAAAAUAAAAAUGAAUAUGGCAAAAUAUAAAAUGUACGUUUUAUGCUGACAUGGCAUCGGGAUGGGCAAAAGCAAGAGCAAAGCUUGGUAGCAAAGAUUUAGAUGCAGAAUUUGAAAAAUUUCUAAAUGAGUCUCUGUCUGAUGAGUCAUUAUCCUCUCCACGCCGCUCGAUAACCCCACAUGGUGCUCGAUCAAAAUCGAAAAUACUUGUUAGCCAGUCUAAAAAUGAUUUCGAGAAACCUUGGUGGGCUACGAGUGAAGAUGAAGAAAAUUCGACACAGGUAAAGGCUGCAAAAGACAAGUGGUUUAAAAAGAAUAAAGAUGAGACAGACACUCCUGUACUGCGACAACAACAGAACACUCCUGAUAACCCAUUAGCAAUUAGCAGAGACAGCUUAGAUGUUUCUCCAAGUCGACCAGGCACUGCGUUGGAUACUAUUUUAAGUGAGCCUGAGGACAGUAGCCAUGGCGAUUCCAAAAAGGAAAAUAAGAUUACAGCACGUACCAAAACUGAUGAAUCUUUUGAAGAAAGUAUAGCCACUGUAGAUGAGCCUGAUGGUACAACUACCACACAUGAAACAUCACAACCAGCUGGUUUUGAUACGUUGGAAGAAAUAAAAGAUAAGGAGGCAUUUUUUUCAAGUAUAGAAAAGGAAAAAGGAGGAAGUGUUGAUUAUGAAGAACUUAACAAAAAAUUUGAUGAGAACAGUAACAGUCCAGUGUCUUCGCCGUUACAUGCAUCACCAGAAGGCAUUGCUGUUGAAGGGCUUGCACCAUACCGACCUCCACAUUAUGACGACGACAGUGAUGAAGGGAGUGAUAGUAAAAGUGAUGAGGUGCUUCAAAAUGUCACUCCUCCCUUAGAAUCACCUAAGAUCAGUGACAGUAAUAUGGAUGAUCAUACAAAAAAUGACACCACAGAGGAGCGUACUGAAGAUGUUGAUACUGUGAAGGCAAAUGAUGUAUCUGUUAAUAAGAAUGAACACAAAUCCAGUUUACUUUCUAAAGUGGGACUAAUGGAGUCGUUGGAUUCUACUGGAGGAUUAAAUCUAGCAGAAAAGUUAGCAAAACUUCAAAUGAUAAGAGAAGGAGCUACAAAUGCACCUAAUGUAAGUGACUCGAUACCCAGUAACACAACUGGUGUACAACUUGCUACCGGCCAGACAACAGCUGAAUUAGCUAAUGCAUUACAACAAGUGGAUGGCCUCUCAACACAAUCGUUGGUGAGGGAUAGUAAAACAAAUGAAAACAUUGAAGUUUUGAAUGACCUAAGAAAUAAGCCAGCAAUUCAAAGUGGUGUGCUCUUCUUGGAUAAAGAUCAAAAGCAUGAUGUUAAAACAGAUGUAUUUAGCCUACAACCAGUUAUUUCAAAUUUUGCUGAAGAACCAAAAAUUGCGAGCUCAUCAUCGCUGAUAGGUGAUCACACUUUACCAUCUGAAUAUGAAACACAAUCUCUACUCGGACAUUUGCAUCUCUUCAAUCCACCCAAUUUUGAAAGGAGUGAGUCGAACUCCUUUAACCGCAAACAAGAAGAAGGAAGGGGAUUUUCUUUGCAAGCUAUCAAUGCGAAAGAAACUGAUGAAGAUUCCCCUCCAACAGAAAGCUUAAGAAGCAUCAAGUCAAUAGCAGAGGAAAGAAAAAAGAAAAUUCUUGCUAAAACGCAAUCAUUGCAAGAAAAUAUGAAACAAGUGUCGAAAGAAUUGAUUAAAGGAGCUGCGAAGACUAAAAGAAGCAAUAUUCCCACGAGACGUAAGGGAACUUCUAAGUCAAAUACCAACGUAAAGAAAGCUGUUUUAAAUACAAGUCCUGCCAAACCACCUGUGAGGCCCAAUGCAACUAAAAAGUGGAAACCGAAAACCAAGACAAGUUCUCCAUUACAGAAGACACCAUCGAAAGAGAAACACCUCGAAAAUAACGAACUCAUUGCCUCCGUCGAAUCUUUUGCUACUUAUUUAAAGGAAUUUUCACACAGCGGAGGAGAGAGGACUCAUGAAUCAUCACAUACAGUGAAUCGAGAAACUCACUUAUCGUCAUUAGACAGAGAACAGAGUUUGCAGAGAGAAGUACGCCAGUUAAGACUUGCCUAUGAAGACGAACGGCGAAGAAAUGAAAGACAGUAUGAAGAGUUGUCUUCUCGAGAAAAAGCAUGGCAGAUGGAGAGAGAACAGCUUUGUUCUGACUACGACGCUCGCUUGGAGAGCUUGCAUCAAGAUGUGUUCGUGUUGAAGAAGAAGUUAGAAAUUCAAGCGCAAGAAGUGGAGGAGAGGAAGACUUCGGAGAUUUUCAAAAACAUGACAGCGAAGGAACUAAGCAAAGAGGAUUUUGAAAAGAUGCAAAAGCAGUUGGAGCAACAGGAAGCAUUGUUGAAUGGAUAUCAACAAGAAAACGAACGUUUGUACACAGAUCUGAAGAGGCGCGAUCUAGAAAAAAAGAAAUUUGAGAGCAAAAUGUUUAAAGAAAACCAAAAACAAGCAUCUGAAAUUGCCAACCUUAAAGAACAGCUGGAAAACAGAUCGAAUAUUGAGUCGAAUAAAGGUUCGGCAUCUCUUGGUGCAGCGAGAAUAACGCAGUUGGAGAAUCAAGUCAAGUUUUAUCAAAAACGUGAAACAGAAUACAAGGAGGAAAUAAUCACUUUGGAGAAUGAAGUUUCUUCUCUGAAGAGGAUGUUAAGCUUGAAUGAAAAACAAAAGAAUGAGCAGCCGACACAUCAGGGUUCACUACAACAAAUUGAGAGUUUGAAAGUAAACCAUCACGCUGAGGUAUCGAAGUUACAAAAACGAUUGAACUGGUACGCAGACAAUCAACAACUGUUAGAUCGAGAUUUAGCAGAACUGAAAGAUAAGCGAGACGAAAUAAAAGAGUUAAGAAUUCUUGUGGAUAGAUUGGAGAACGAGGUUAAAAGUCUGCGUAAGGAAAAAUCAGAUAGAAAAGGAGAGAAGAAUAGCGACGCUAAGAAAAUAUUGGAUUUACAAAGACAGGUGAAAGAAAUGGAAGAAAUCAUUAAACGACGGUAUCCGAACUCCAUCCCUGCCAUGAUAUUUGCUGCCUCUGCUACUCCGGGUGAAACUAAAAGCUAUAAAGUCAACGAACCUGAAAAACCGAGUUUGAGUAAUGUGUUUUUAGAGAAAAGGAUAAAAACUCUUGAAGAUGAGUUGGAAGAAAAAGACACGGACAACGCAAAAAAGAUUCGGGCAAUCGAACAAAGAUAUAGUGCGAUGAGCAUGCGUUACGAGGAGCAUGUUAAGCAACUCGAUGGGAAGAUUGUGGAGUUAAUGUCGAGAUUAAAAUCUGAGAAGUCGGUUGAAACUUUAGAAGAAGAAUUAUCGAGACAAAAAAUGGAUUUUGAUGAUUUGUUACAAAGUCAGAAAAUUGAGUUGACUAAUAAGCGAGCAGAAAUAUCGGAGCUCAAGUUAGAAAUUGCCGAGUUGAGGGAAAAACUAAAAUUAUCUUCAAAAAGAACAUCAAAACCUUAUCCUGUACUGCAGAAGGAGAUUUUAAAACUUCGAGAAAAUUUAAGAUUGAAAGGCGAAGAGAUUUCAGAACUAAAUACAACUGUACUUUUCUUACAACAAGAAAGAGAAAAAAUAGUAAGCGAGCAAAGCUCGCAACAGCUUGGAACACAGUAUAUUACAGACCAGAAAUUAAAACCUCCGAAACAUUUAAAAGACCAAUCAACGUCGCCUCUUGUAACACAAGGUGAAGAAAACAAAAAGUUGGUUUCUUUUGAGAAGGAGAAUAAAAACUUGAGGAACGCGAUGGAGGAACUUCGUAUACGAUGCGAAGAAAAACGCCUUAAGUACGAAGCUCUUGAGGCAAAAACCAUGCAUGAUAACCGCAGAUUACAUGAAGAAUACGAAGAGCAGGCUAAACUUGUGGAGGAGAGUCAUAAAAUGGAAUUGGAGAAAUUAAAGAUGAACUUUAUUGUUGAGCAUUCGAAUUCAAAAGUUGCUGAACUCAGCGGAAAAAUAAAGAGUUACGAAUUAAUGGUGGAACAUUUAAAAGAAAGUUUGGAAGAAGCAAAAGAAGAUCGUGAAAGUUUGUCUGUGGCAAAAAAAAAAGAAGAAACAUUGCGCGAAGAUAUAUCCCGCCUUCAAGAUGAACUCACCGAAGCGCGAAAACAUUACACGCCUGAAAUGCAUCAUUACAAACUAUUAGAGGCUAAAAUACAGAACAUGGAAACACGCUAUACUAAUCGAGAAAAGGAACUGCAAUCACUAAUUGAGAGAACUCGACAUAAAGCAACAGUUGAUCGAGACAUAGUGGAGGACAAAUGGAGGGAUAUUUUGCGGAAUAAGGAUCGCGAAGUGCAACAUUUUCGUGAGGAGCUAGACAGUAUUAUCGAAGUUUUAGAAGAAUUGCAAAGGCAAGGUGUUAUUUUACCGAACCAUAGAAUUAAUACACAGAUAUAAUUGAUUUAUUUAUUUAAUAAUUUAUUAUUGUACAAUAUGUUUUUUAAACUUUAGAAGAUUAUAGAGCUGUUUUGUGUGGAAA